ACUCCAGGCGCAUGUUCCACACGGUGGUGUCAGAGCCUGGCCCGGGGCUGCCCUGGUACAGCCGUGUUGCGUAUGUGGAUGAUCAGGUGAUCUUUAACUACACCAGCGGGAUGCAGAGGGUGGAGCCCUGCACAGCGUGGAUGGCGCAGAACGAGGGCCCAGAGUUCUGGGACCUUCAGAACUUUUGGGCACGGCGCUGGGAGGCCUGGUUCAACGCGAGUCUGAACACCCUGCGUGAGCUCUACAACCACAGUGAGGGGUUUCACAUUAUCCAAAUGAUAACCGGCUGUGAUCUCCGGGAAGACAACACCACUUGGGGGUUUUACCAGGAUUCCUAUGACGGACGAGACUUUCUUACCUUCAAUAAGGAGACCAUGACUUGGGUAGCAGCAGAUAUUGGGGCUCAGAUCACCAAGAGGAGAUGGGAUGCUGAAGUAUUUGACAACCAGUGGUGGAAACACUACCUGGAAGAGGAAUGUAUUUCCUGGCUAAGGAGUUCUCUAGAGUAUGGGAAGGAGACUCUACAGAGGAAAGUGUGCCCAACUGCUAGAGUGAGUUACAGGUCAUCUCAUGAUGGCCUCAGCACCCUCUCUUGUAAGGUCAGUGGGUUCUACCCCCGGGACAUCACCGUGACCUGGCUGAAAAAUGGGGAGAGCAGACAGCAAGAGACCUACUCUGAAGGCAUCCUACCCAGUGGGGAUGGGACCUACCAGACCUGGUUGACAAUGGAGAUUGAUCCCAAGAUCAAAGCCCAUUAUUCAUGUCACGUGGAGCAUGAAAGCCUGUUAGAGCCACUCUCUGUCUCCUGGGCACCAAAUAACAAUCUGAUUCCCAUUGUGGCUGGAGUUAUCACUGCAGUUGUCCUGAUUGGUGUUAUAAUUGGAGUAGUCGUCUGGAAAAAGAAAUGCCCAGGUAAAGAGCCUGGGAUGGGGGGGAUUCCCUGGACUUGCCGGGCCCUGCACAUACCGCUAAGGACAACAGCAAUACAGGAGCCAGUGUCA